CCCCAUUUCCUCCCUUUCUCUGCACCCCCUUCCCACACUCUGUCAGCGUCGCUCUCUCACCUCUCUUUACCCAUACAGACAAGUCCGCCGCUGCAUCUGCCUCCAGCUUUUCCAGCGUUUGCUCCCUCCCUCCACCCCCCCUCUACACACACACACACACUCUGCUUCUCAGCCAAGUGAUACUUCUCCUGCCUCUGCUGCCUCUUUUCUCUCCUCCUCCUUUUUUUCCCACACUUCUUGCUCCUCCACCAUGGUGAACAGAUAACCGGUUGGCUGCGCUUAGACCAUGGGUGCCUGCCUCUGCAAAGGUCACAAAGAGCUCCACCUACCGCCAUCAUCGCAGCACCAGACCGAGGAAGGCCAGUCAGCUCCCAUCAAGGAUGGUCAGACCCCUUCCAAUGGCAGCGUGGCCGAUAAAUCCAGCCGCUAUGAUAUUGCAGAGCUGGCUACAUCCUCACUGAUAGGCCUGGUGGCAACGAUAAAGGAGCACAUCACCAAGCCCACAGCCAUGGCCCAGGGGCGAGUCGCUCACCUGAUUGAGUGGAAAGGUUGGGGUGGAUGUGGGGAGGGCGGGCGAAGCGGAGCCGGAUGGAGCGGAGGCUGGAGUAAAGGAGGCGGAGGACGUGGGGGUAUGGGGACUGAGCUGCAGGAGGAUGAGCAGUUCUAUUCCCAAAUGACAGACGAAAUCAAAGAGGCCCGUUUUGCAGCAGGUGUAGCAGAGCAGUUUGCCCUGGCCGAGGCGGCAAUGAACAUGUGGUCCAUGAGCUGCAGCCUGGAGCAGCCAUCGACCAGCUCACAAGCUGCAGAGGGCCACUUCUUGUCCAAGUAUCUGCUUGAUGGUGGAAGCGUCGGCGUCCCUCAGUAUCUUUACAGCAUUCACACCCAGACGUAUAGUGACCCCAGUGCAGCCGGCCUGAUCCAGCCACCACCAGUGGGUUCAUGUAACGCCCGGCAGGACGCCGAUCACGCCUUUGAGGACAGAAGCACGGUGGCUGCAGACGCUGCCGUCCGACACGUGGACAGCAGCUCGCUGUCCGAGGACGACGUUUUUUACAACUAGGCUUGGGACUAAAAUGAGCUGGCCGUCACAGUGGAGACGGCUACGGGACUCAGCGAGGUUGGAAGUCUCAUCCACCAGCAAACGAUUGUUCUGUAAGACAUUUUAAGUA